AUGGACCUGGAUAUUCGCCACUACCUUUCCAAGGCGAAUGAGCAACAAGACUCUGGAGCUCUGCAGUCAGCCUACCAUUUAAUCAAGAAUAUGACAGCAGCUGUUACCAGCGGACGUACCCCACGCAUUGCCCAAGAGUUGUACGUCCUUUGCGCAGAAGCAGCUCUACAGCUAGGUUGUUUGGAGAUAAGCACAGCGUGUCUAAAGUUGUACUUUGAAGGGAAUCCGCCGGCUAAUCAAUUUUUGUGUCGAGCCUACCUCUGCCAGGGCCAGCUGAAGUCUCCGUCGGCCCCAGGGAGUGUGGAAAAGUUUGAAGAGGCUGUGCUAUAUUUUCUGAAAGCAAUUGAGAUUUCAAAACCUGAACCAAGAUACCAAUUCAUCGUUUUCAAUGCCUCAGUGCUGUAUUUCCAGACAGUGCGUCCUCUCCUGCGGCCAGGGCAGUGCCUCCACGUGAUCCCCUCCCUCAGACAGGUGGUCCAAAGUCUGGAGGAGGUGGCAGACCAGGACCACAGCUGGAGGGCUGAACUUAUGAUGCAUCUGAUCAAAUGUCUUGUUGACUCUGGGAAAAUGGAGGAUGCUGCAAGUUAUGCCAAAGUUACCGUAGAAUUCAUCAAGUCACAUACCCCGCAUCUUUAUCCAAGACUCUUCAAGUUACUGGUACAUCACAAGCUGAUAGAGGAUGAUGUCCUCAUUGAAAUGAGCAGGCAGAGCACUUCUUUAGCAAUCAUUUACAAAAUACAGGAAUUUAAAAACAGGCUGGAAGAAAUGAAUGAGGAUAAGUCAGCAAAAGAGGAGCUUGAGCAGAUUUUUCAUCUCUUGCUGGAUAGUACCAAAGUAUCCACUAUGCCUGUGAACUCCAGCCCUCUUCCGAGGCCAACACCCAUCCAAUCCGCUGACAGAGUUGCCUUCCUCCUGGAGCUGGCUCUGCUGGCCUUGCAAGUGAAGCAUCAGAAAGUAGCUGCCAACUGUUUGAAAGAGCUGAAGUCGGCGGGAGAGGCUAGUAUUGGCCAACACAUAAUAAUGGAAUGUGUCAACAGUGAAAUCAACCUCUUGAAGAGAGAGGCGGAGAUGAAUGACUAUUCCAAAGCCAGCGUGGAGGCCCGACUAAAGGAGAUAGGCAAGCUGGAUCAGUGGUUGCAGAUUGCAGUGAGGGAGGGGGACCCUCAGGCCAUGCAGGCAGUUUGUGCUACCCAGUGGAGCCUCUGCCUGCCCCUCUUGCAGCACAACCUCAGGAAACGCAUCAAGACACCUCUGCUUGGUGUGGCCCAAGUACUGGAAGACAUGCAAAGUAUGUUGCUGGAGAUGCGCUGUCAAGUCCACUCGGAGCUGGCAAUGAUUGAAGAGGAGGAGGGGCGCCUUGAGGCUUCUUUGACUCACCUCCAGAAAGCCAUGGUGCUGGAUAAUGGGACACAAGGAGAACGCCUGUCAUCAGCUUUGCGCCUCUUGCAGCUGAGAGGGAUCCUCCACCAAACGCCCUCCCGGACCGAGGAUAAAGCCGCAAUGCUUAUGCAGCAGGCCAGGGACAUGCAACCCCAAGAUAAGACAGACAAUCGUCCCAUCCUGAUUGCUGUGGGUCUCCUUUUGGCCCCUGAUGAAUUCCAGAUGGUGCUGGAUGCAGACAACACCUCCAAAAGCUGUCUUGGAUCUGGACCAGUGGCUCACCUCUCUGCUAAGGCUCAGCAUCACUCUACGUCUGUACUGAAGGUGGAUGGACACCUGGCCAGACAAGGAGAUGACACAGACAGCACAGAGAGGGUGAAGUUGUGGGCAACACUGGUGAAGGCAGCCAGGAAGCAGGAAGUUUGGGAUGUGUGCCGAGCUGCUUGUCGAUUCUGUUUGCUUUACGAUGAUGGGAGAUGGAAGAUUUCCAAGACUGACAAUUGUAGAUGCUCGGAGGAAGAAGGCUGUGCUGAAUGUUGCAAUGGAAGCCAAACCUGUGUGAGGGACUUGCUGCGCCUUUUAGCUGAAAUCCGCUUCAUCUGUGCUGAGACCACCGUCCAGAAGCUGCAAACAGAGGGGGUGCAGCUUAACAGUCCUGCUGUUCCUGCAGUGGAAAGAGAGGUGUGUGUGUCUGAAGAGGAUCCACACUGGGUUGUUUACAGAGACUGGAUCCAGGCUCUGUCUGCCUACGCCACCUCCAACUUCUUGCGGGCAGCGGAGCUCGGGGCAGAGAUCAGGGAGCCGUGGGUGGUAGCAAAUGCAGCCAUUUACCUGUGGAACUACAGCAGCCACUUGUUGGCAGCUGGGGAGUACCCACGCCUGCUUCCUACCUUCCAUAGUCUAAUGGAAAUGAUCCGAAAGACAGACUACACUGGGAAUCGUGCUUUGUUUGUGCUGCUGUGUGAUGCUGUGGCCCGGGGGUUGAUCCAGCCUCUGUGUGGACUAGACUGCAUCGAGCCAGCACCGCCAGGAGACAAGGGCAAAAACAGAGCUGAGAAGGGGAUGGAGAAGUCUACCAAUGUCCAUGGGAUUCUCUUAGACCCUGCUGCCCUGCAGGAUGUCCACAAGGCACUAGAGCUGUGUGACCAUGCCCUACGCAUAUCCAACUCCAGCUUCCCAGGAGAGACUGUCCCCAUCGCAGCAAGGAAACAGGUGGUGGCCACAUGGGUGCAGAUCAAGAGGCUCUUGCAACAGCAAAUUGGCUCAAAGAUGGACACUGAAGAUGAGUGUGAGAAUGCGCAAGUGUCUGCGAUGACGCGUGUGCUGGUUGGAGUGGAGAUGCUCCAUUGCAAUAGGAACCCGAGGCAUAUGGAGUUCUCUGUUCCUAGUCUUUCCACACUGGUGAGGAUGGCGUCUGAAUGCAGCUGGACUGACGCCGUGGUGGAGUUGCAGGUGUGGUGCCAGCUGGCUGCCUUCUGCCACCAUGCCAAGGAACACAGCUUGGUGUUGUGCUGCACAGAGAGUGCUCUGCAGCUGGAAGAAGCAGCAGCAAAGAGCCUCAAGACCAUGCCCUGUGUUUUCUAUGGCCAGAACGCAGUAAAUGAGAUGCUGAGUAGUGCCACUUGUUUGAGGGCUCUGAGUUUAGUCCACAAGUCCAACGGAGACCUGCACACUUACAGAGAGGCUAUGAAGGUGCUUCUGUCCAGUGUCAGCUAUGCAGAAAAGGCUGAGAAUCCAGCAUUGUGUCUUGCAGCUGUCAGGCAUUACUGGAACACUUGUCUACCCCUGACACAGACUCCUGAGGAAAGAUGGCAGCUCCAAGAACCUCUGGAGAAGAUCCUGACUGCUCUGGAUAGUACAAACACUACACAUGCAAAUAAACAGGGCGAAGUGAAAGGCUUGCUGACCUUGACACGACUGCCUCUUGGGAGUUCUAAACAUGAAGCCGCAGAUGAAGAGGGCCUGACUCUGAGAGCAGCAAUUUGCAGUUUGUUGCUCCGCAUCCAAACUGAUAAAGCAGACUGGAAAAGUGCUCUGCAGCUCCUGGACCAAGUUAUUAGAGACAUGCCUCGAACGAGACACCGACUACCUCUGCUGAAACACAGAAUACUGGUGAAAGCACGACUGGGGGAAAGUGUACUGAUGGACAUGCAGAACUUACAAGAUGAAGGAGAGCAGUGCUGUUCAUUUAUGUGGCACCAGGUGGCACUGUGUUCUGGCAGUAUAACCCAACAGCUCACCUGCUACCAGAAAUCCAUCACCUCUCUGUUGAGUGUAGAGACUCAGCGGCAAAAGGUCGGCCUUCUGCUAGAGUUUGGAGAGUGGCUGUACUGUCACAACUUCCCCAAAGCUGAUGCCCAACACCAGAUUCAGUGGGCCGUGGACAUCCUUCUACACAUGGAAACAGAACAGGCAGACAGAGCAGAGGAUGAGUCCAAACAGAGUGCUUUGAGCUCAGUGAAAUGCGAGUCCUUGGUCGGAGUACAGGACUUGUUAUUCAAACAAAGUUUGUCUAAUCUGAAGGAGGUGUGGCGCCUUGACAGUCUUGUACGAGCUCACACUCUGUUCGCUGUCAUGGCGGACAAGACUUCACCUGAGCGCCAGCUUAACCUGCUCAGAGCCUACACCUUUGUACUUCAAAUAUGGCAGGUGUCCAUGUCAGUGGCUUAUGAGAUUUCCAGUGAGAUGGGAAGGAGUCAGCCACUGCAGCCUCCUCCCUCUGCUGAAUCCAAAAAAGGCAAAGACAAGACCAAAGGCAAAAAAGUGAAAGAUCUUCCCCCAACAGAUGAGAGACCUAAACCUGUUGUUUUGGAUCAGGCACUUCCUUCCACCCCAAAGGACUGGGCUCGCUAUGUCUGUCCUGACCAGGCCCGGCAGAUCUUCAGGACCAACAGUAACCCCCACUGUAUCAAUACACACAGCAUUACAAAGCAGAGCCUGUUUUAUCUCAAUCUGCUGGAAAAAGAGCUUCACUUACUCUCAUUCGACCACCUGACCCUGCCUGUACUGCAUCUAGCUGAGACCAUUGCUCAUGACCUUUUGGAUAGGAGGAGUCUGUCCGAUCUCUACCGACUUAGAAUUGUGAGGACCUGCUGUCAGCUGGGUUUGGAGACACAUUCACCGUAUCAGGAGACACUCCUGAACCUGUGUAGAAUCCAAGAACAAGAACAGAUGGGGUGCUACAAAGCAAUUGCUUUUUCACGGGAGAUGAGAGGCCUUCACAAAGCUUACAAUCAGGAAGUAAUGAUGGAUGAAAAGGCUGGGGCAGGGCAACAGAGCAUGCAUGUGUGUACUCAGUAUGUUUGGCUGGACAAAGCUGAGGUUUGCCUCAGCAUGGGACUCUAUCAACCCACCAGGCAGCUCCUGGCAGAGGCCCACUGGGUGGCUGUGGAGCUUGGAGACCAGAAAGCAAGGGCAAGAAGUUUGCUCGGUCUGGCCAGUCUGGCUUGUGAAGAGCAGAACUAUGCCCAGGCUCUGAUCCUGCUGGACAAAGCCCAAGCCCUGGGUGGGGAUGAGGAGUUCUGGUACCAGCUCACCCUCACCAAGGUCAGAGCUGUUGUAGGCCAGAGAGACCAAGAUGCUCACACCAAGGCUGAUCAGAUUAUAAAACAAGGCUGUGAGGCUCUGAAGCUGGUUCUGGAGCAGCGAGUUAACCGAGUCCCAGAACUCACAUUCUUGAUCACCUCAUUAGAGAUGAGAGGAGCCACUGAAUGUAUUCGUGCCCUUGGUGGUGGUGAUCCUGGAGAAACUCUCAGCACCGGGACAGUCCAGAGGCUAAUGGCUGCCUGUGAUACCCUCAGAGAGUGUGCCAGUGGUUUCACUCAACUCAACUAUAGAGAACACGCAGCAGAGGCUCAUGUAGAGUAUGCACAUGCUCUCAGAAUCCUAGCCAACCACACUACUUAUACAGAGGACAAACAGCGCUUCCUGCUCAAUGGUCUCUCCCAAAUGCAGCUCGCUGUUACAGAGCAGGAGCAUGUGGUGUUGAAUGCUCAGAGGCUGCUCCCCUCACAGGAGGAGGGUCAUGGACUGUCACUGGCAGCCAUGCGGAGGCUGUUGCGCCUGCGACUGGCCCUGGCAGAAAGUUGUCUGGCCAUGCUGGAGGAGUACUGUGCUGAGGAGAAACGCCAAGCCCUGGCCCGGGAGAGGAAGACCUCUGCUGAGAUAGCAGUGGAAGAGUUUACACGCUGCACACCUGAGCCAAACUCUAUAGAACAGGAAUGGGCGUGUCUGGGCAGUACCUUGGGGCAGGUGGCUCUGGGCCAGUUGGCUGCAGUCAGUUCUUACUCCCUGGACAACAUGGAGACCAGAGCUUGCUGCCUGAGCCUGAUGGGAAAGUACCUCAGACUGCUGGCUGUGAGGGAGGACCCUGUUUAUUUGUGUGCUCUCUGGGACAGGCACAGACAGAAGGGGGCCUGGUCUGACCCUAAAGCUGUUUCUGUGGAGGAGGAGGAUUCAGAGAAAGAGAAAGACAGAGGAUCAAGCAGAAGAGAGCCGCAGGUGACCUCUGCCAAAAGUGCUGAUCUGCAGCAGCAGAAGAGGCAUAGAGCUAAGCAGCUGUUGGCACAGGCCAGUAAGGCACUGACUGAGGCAAUCAACCUGAGUCUCCAACACAAGCUGCCCUCCUCCAUCAUCGCUGAUGCCGCUCUCAACAUGUUGGAGUGUCAUGGCCAGUCUGACCCUGCAUUGGCAGGCCAAUAUCUUGCCCUGUUUCAGAGCUGCUGCACUGUUGCUACGAUGGCUGAGGUCCUAAGUUCUGCCUGUACUUCCACCAGUGUGUCCCAGCUUUCUGCCCUGCUCAACUUACACAGGAAAUUGCUCGUCUCUCAGGUGGAGAGGCCCAGCAGCAUGCUGAAGGGAGUGGAUGACUCCCUCAGUAGCCUCUCCAAGGCUUUCAGCCACCUGACCAUCUGUCCUAGCCACCUAAACAUCCUUGCAGAGCUUCCGCCCAACAUGAAGAUCCUGCUGCUCCAGCACUCUGAAGAUGGGUCAGAACUUUAUGGGGCCUUCUAUGAGAUGACCAAAGCUCCACAUCAAAAGGGAAAGACUACGCAAGUUACAGGCACCCUGGCGUGCUCUAGGGUGGCCAAGGUUUCGGUCUGCCCGCAGGCUCUGCUGGCACUGAGGGAGCAAAUUCGGGCCUUUGGCCAGGAGACUAGACAUGCCCUCCUCAAGGAAGCCUGUUGGCACGGAGCUGAGGAGAGGCUGGAGGCCUCUGAGGAGCAUCAAGUUUUUCCGCGUCAAACUGCUGCAGAUGAAAUGUUAGCAGCUUGCUUCAGAGAAAUUGUGCAAGAUAUGGAAGACUAUUUGAAUCCACUUCUCACAGAAUUUGAUUUCUCUUGCUUGAGGCGCUGGGAUGCAUCACCAGCAGUCCCUGAAAUGACCAAAACCAAAGAUAAAGAAGAGAAAGGGAGCUCAGCUAAAGUUAAGUUACCAGCUGAACCAGGGGAGUAUGUGGUGGUGCUGGCAGACAGAAAGUUGCUGGAGUUGCCGCUGGAAGCCUUGUCUAUCCUGCAGGAGGAAGGCUUGAGUUCUGUGUCACGAGACUUCUCCCUCCAGCUUCUCCACAGUCGCCUGAACAGAGAAGAACUGGAGAAAGUUGAAAGUGACAACAAAAAGGAGACCAAAGGUGGCAAAGGAACUAAGGGGAAGGGAGAUCAAAGCCAAGCCAUCAAAGUGGCACCUGUGAAUCGUGUGUUGCCUUCUAACACCUUCCCAGUGGACGCACGUAACUUCAAAUAUAUUGUUGACCCUCACAAUGAAGGCAAGUGUGGCAUAGAGGGGACGAGUCUGAGUGUGAGGAUGAAGGAGAUUUUGGAAACCCACAGCCAGCAUUUUACCCACCUGUGGGAGGGCUUCAUGGGCAGCAAACAAAGAGCCAGCCUGUCCGAGAUGGAGCAGCUGCUGUGCAGAUGCAGUGCAUUCAUUUACCUGGGGAUGGAGCGCUUCAUGGCAAACAUUCCACCUGGCAAACUGGCAGCCCUCAAUCUGUCUGAGUGUCGCAUGGCUCUGCUCUUUGACCUGGUUCAGAACAACGCCAGUGUUCUCCGCCAGUCAGACUCCGACAUGCACAAGAGUGCAGGACAGUGUGCCCUGGAGAAACCCCUGGAGACUGCUCUGCUGUUGAGUUUGGGUGGUGUCGGCUGUAUUGUCCUCAACCAGUGGCACAGCAGCCUCCGACAGAACACACACAAUAUGGCCAAUGUUCUAGACAAUCUACUGAGGGUGAGACAGACCUGUGGUCAGACCAUCCAUGGCCUGAGGAGAGGGGACAGCUCAGAGAUACCACAUCACAAGCUCACAGGAUCAUAUGAUCAAGUGCUCAGUGUCUCAAAGGAAGACGAUGUUCACGGCAAAACGACUCUCACACCGUCAGCCUUCAACUGCAUUCUUUAUGGACUCCCUAACCUAAUUGUCACAUAAUAUACAGUAUAUCGUC